CGCUGCUGAUUCGCGGGGUGUCGGUGCGCUCAGACGCGCUCGGCGUUCAGACUUGUAAGGAGCCCAAUGGCACCCAACCAGAAGGACUGCGCUAACCAGACGACCAGCCCCAGCUUCAAGCUCCCCUAGCGAAGGCAGGACUCAGAGAGCCUGCUCCUGGAAUACCGCAUUGUUUUAUAAUUUCUAACAAGAGAGAGAAAGGUGAUGGUGCUGAUGAUGCGCCCGCGAUGGUGGAUUUCCCUUUUGUGCGUCUGUGGAUUGAUGCACGUCGGUCACCAGAGCAGCCCUAUUGCCCAAAAUGGAGACGCCUUGUCGAGUUUAAAGGCUCUUCGUGAUGAAGGCAGGUUUAUCGGGAAGGAGGACACGGUGCCUCUCCGCCUGCUCUACAGCAGUCACAACCACAGCCAGAUCACAGAGGAUGAGCUCAGCACCAGGGUUAAAGCCAGCUCCGGCUCCACACAGGUAAACCAUGUGGCCCAAGCAAGCUUUCAAGUCGACGCUUUUGGCAGAAAAUUCAUCUUGGACGUGGAACUGAACCACGAUCUGCUGUCUUCAGGCUAUGUGGAGAGGCAUUUGUCAGAAAAAGGGAAGACUGUCGUCACCAAUGGAGGAGAGCACUGCUACUAUCAGGGGAAGGUCAGAGACAUCCCCCUCUCCUUUGUGGCUGUCUCCACCUGUCACGGAUUGCAUGGGAUGUUUUUUGAUGGCAAUCACACCUACAUGAUUGAACCUGGAGGACAGGGCAGCAGCAAUGGAGAUGUCCGCAUUCACAUGAUAUAUAAAUCUGCAGGCCAUGAGGGAUUCAAUAAUCUCCUCAAUGGUGAUUUUCCAGAGCCGCCUUUUCCCAGCCCUCCAUUUCCCGGUUCAAAAGUUGUUCACAGGAGAAAAAAGAGACAGGCUCCAUACGUGUCACACAGUGUAGAGGAUGAGAUUAAAUACGUUGAGUUGAUGGUGAUCAAUGACCAUUUAAUGUACAAGAAGCAUCGGCUUUCCGUUGGGCACACAAAUAACUAUGCUAAGUCAGUGGUCAAUAUGGCUGACAUGAUCUUCAAGGAACAGCUCAAUACCCGGAUUGUGCUGGUUGCCAUGGAAACGUGGUCAGCUGACAACAAGUUCAACAUCGACGACGACCCCAUGGUGACGCUGAGGGAGUUCAUGAAGUAUCGAAAAGACUUCAUCAAGGAGAAAUGCGACUCUGUUCACCUCUUCUCAGGGAAUCGUUUCCAUAGCAGCUGGGGGGGAGCUUCCUAUAUGGGAGGGGUUUGCUCCCUGACUAAAGGAGGGGGAGUCAAUGAGUAUGGGAAAACAGAUGAGAUGUCGAUAACCCUCGCUCAGUCUCUCGGACAGAACAUUGGCAUCUUCUCCGAAAAGAGGAUCCUCAAUGGAGAGUGCAAGUGUGAUGAUCGUUGGUCGGGCUGUAUCAUGGAUGAUGUUGGUUUCUACCUGCCCAAGAGGUUCUCCGAAUGCAACGUAGAGGAGUACUAUAACUUUCUAAACAGCGGUGGAGGAGCCUGUCUGUUCAACAAACCUCUGAAGCUGCUGGACCCUCCGGAGUGUGGAAAUGGCUUCGUGGAGCCUGGAGAGGAGUGUGACUGUGGCAGCCCGGCGGAGUGUGCUGUAGAGGGGGAGGCCUGCUGUGACAAGUGCACCCUGACGCAAGGCUCCAAGUGUAGCAACGGACUCUGCUGCAGCAGCUGCCAGAUGGAGUUCAUGGGCGUUGUGUGCAGAGAUGCAGUGAACGACUGCGACAUCCCAGAAAACUGCACAGGCAACUCCAGCCAGUGUCCACCAAAUGUGCACAAAAUGGAUGGCUACACGUGUGAGAAGGACCAGGGUCGCUGCUUCAAUGGAAGAUGCAAAACCAAAGACAGACAGUGCAAGUACAUUUGGGGAGAGAAGUCAACAGCGGCCGACAAAUUCUGUUACGAGAAGUUAAACAUCGAAGGGACCGAGAAAGGCAACUGUGGGAAGGACAAGGAAACCUGGAUCCAGUGUAACAAACAGGAUGUUCAUUGUGGGUACCUGUUGUGCUCCAACAUCUCACCCGCCCCGCGACUUGGAGAGCUGCAGGGAGGGCUGACCUCGUUCUCAGUAGCCCGGCACAGUGCUUCUCUUGACUGCAGCGGGGCUCACGUGGUGAUCGACGGAGACACUGACCUGGGAUACGUCGAGGAUGGGACGGCCUGCGGGACAGACCGCAUCUGCUUCAAUCACAAAUGUCUCCCCAUCCAACAGUUCAACUUCAGCACCUGCCCCGGGACCACCGACAAGAUCGUCUGCUCCGGACACGGGGUGUGCAGUAGUGAGCUGAAGUGUGUGUGCUACCUGGGCUGGACAGGAGAGGACUGUAACUCCACGUCUCCUCUCAGUUAUCUUGUGGUCGGACCCACUGCUGCAGUUUCAGGUAUCACCAGUACCAACAUCAUCAUCGGGGCCAUCUCAGGCUCCAUCCUGGUCCUCGCCCUCAUACUGGCUGCUACAGCCUGGUGUUACAAGAGCUACCAACAGAGACGCUAUGUUGAAUCUGAAGUUCACCGAAGAUUCUGCCGGCAAAUGCCCCCAGGUGACUAUGUGACAAAGCCUGGGGAUGCGGACUCCUUUUACAGCGACAUGCCUCCGGGUGUCAGCACAAACUCCGGCUGCAGCUCCAAGAAGAGAUCUAAUGGCCUAUCCCACUCGUGGAGCGAGAGAAUCCCAGAUGCCAAACACAUCUCUGACAUCUGUGAAAAUGGCCGACCAAGGAGCAACUCAUGGCAAGGAAAUCUGAGCGGUAAUCGUAAGAAACUGAAAGGAAAGAAGUUCCGUGCUCGCUCCAACUCCACAGAGACGCUAUCCCCUGCCAAGUCUCCCACUUCCUCUACAGGAUCUAUUGCAUCCAGCAGGAGAUACCCGUACCCCAUGCCCCCUCUCCCCGAUGACCAGAGGAAAGCCAACAGGCAGAGUGCCAGGCUGUGGGAGACUUCAAUAUAACAGCCUUCUUACCCGCUCUGCAAAAGACCUCAAGGAACUACACUUGUGUCUCUUUUUCUAUGAAUGAAAAACACAAAAUGAAACAAAAUUGACUCUAAGCGAUUUAAGAGGAAUAGAGAGAAAGCCCCCCACUGGAGUGGAAAUAGGCAAAGGUGUGUGUGAGUGAGUGUGUACAAGCAUCUCCGAGGCUGUCUUGCCAAACGGCGUCAUUCAGUGGAUCUCUACAAGACGAUGCGGAUUGCCAUCGGAGAAACCAGCUCCACAUCCACUCCAGACCAGCUGGAGCUCAGACUGAGCUGUUCCUGUCUGCUCAGGCCUCAUUUAUGGGACUGGAAACCCCCUCCACUCCAAUCCUCCCACCCUUACCUGUCCUUAAACCUCAACCUCUUUACAUCCUCUCUCGUCAUACUCACCGUUCCCCCCCCCCCCCUCCCUCCCCCUCCCUCCCCCUCUUCCCCUGUUUUGAGCUCCUCUCUAAAAAGGAGCAGUGGAGCCAGGAGCAGGUCAUCGUAUCACACUGCAUCUCUGGAUUUGUUGGAUCAUUUUGACGCACGUGAAUCACUGUAGAAACUCCAACACUGUAUGCAUGAGACAACCCUGUUUAUCGGCAACCUCCUCCUACUGAAAAGACGAGAAGAACAGAAGUCAGAUCUGAGAGGAAAAGCAUGCGAGGGGGCAGUGAUUUUAAUUCCUUCUGUAGGCUUAGAUGCUUUCUCUCCAAUAUAGGUAACCCAUAUUGUAUCACCAGUUAUAGCCCAUAACCCAUGACAUGAACUCAACCACCUGACCCCGCCCUGCUCCUCCUCCCCUCCGUUUGUUUGUGCGUGUGUAAAUAUGUACAGUAAAAAUACACACAGAGUAAGUUUUUGCUUUUAUUUUGAAAGAGGAAAAGACUGAGACGUCUCUUCGUGCUGUAUUGUGUUGUAGACAGAAGCGGAUUCUCUGUAGAAAAGCAUAAGAGACCCCCGCACUCGUUCUUCUGUCUGUGUUUCUAUUUUUCGUCCUCAUUUUUUUCCUCCCUCUGGCUUUUUUCUGUGUGACUGUGGCCUCUAUAGCUUUCUCCAUCCACAGCAGAAUGUAAAGGUGUUUUUAUAUUAUCUUAGCACUGGUUUUCAUCCAUCUCUGGGAGAAAUACACAGACAUCCAGGAAUGACUGAGGAAGUAUUGAUGAAGAUGUGGCACAUUAAGAAGGCUGCUGGAAGCGGCUGUUAAGUAUUAUUUAGGAACAUUUUAAUAGUUUUAUGUGCCAUUCCUGAGUGAAAAGAAUGGGAUGUGUUUGGUGUAGUUAUAGACGUGCCGCUUUUCACUCAUGGUGGUUUUUGGAAAUGUCCCAAUGAUAAUGUUAAGAUGUGUUUAGUUCCCCCUGAUUCUACAUUUGUAUGUUUGAGACCAGUGUGCUCGCCCUUUUCACAAUGGGCAGCACAUUCAAAACUGAAUGUGAGAAUAAGAAUAACGUGAGUGCGGUUGAUGACCUGACUUAAGAACCGAGGAAGCUGGAAACUGAUUGAAAUGUGCAUUUUGGAUUUAGCUGUGAUGAUUGAGAUAUUUAGCCUUGUAAAUGAUUAACUAUGCUGUACAGUGCUUGCUGUUUGAGCUUGUGAAGACCAACAGCAUGACAGUUCUAUAAUAAAAUUAAGUUAUUUCUCCGGUAGGCUAUUUGUGAGACCAUAACGGGAAACGAGCAUGUCACUGAAAGCUUUUUCCCCUCAUUGCCCAUUUGCUGUUGUCCAAAUGGGGUUUAUGUACCGUCAGCAAAGUCGGGACAAUUCAUGGCAGGAAGUCGAAGGCGUUUAAAAAUGAUUGAGUACGGUGUGCUGAUGUCAUACCAGUGCAGUUAUUUAAGGUGGAUUUCGGAAACUAAUCCCAUAUCACUCCCCAAAAGCAAGUUAUUUGUACAGUUACAACUCAUUGUUCUACUCUGUGUAGAAAUAGUUGUCUUAAGGCCUCCUGUUUGUCAUGUUACUGUUGUUUAGGUUUUGUUAUGCUGUGGGCACUUGUUCAUUUGUAAUUCAUGUAUGCAUUAGGACUGUAUAGGUAAUCCGAUCUUCACAAUAUUGGACUAAUAUUGCUACUAGUAUCUUUUUUAUUAAGUACCUUUGUAAUGUUCACUUAUUUCUCAGCGUUAUGUACAGCAACGAUUCAAACAGUAAUUGAGUGCAUUAUUUUAAUUACGUCAGUGUGUUGAUGAGUUUGAAUGGAAACAGUUUUUUUUAACACAUUUGUCCCCGGGCCAAUAGAAGCGGCCGUUCCUCUGGCAUGUGCUAAUCUGUGUCGUAUAAGGUUUGGACACAUAAUGUUGCAAAUGAGAUCUGUAUGGGCUCAUGAUUUGCCUUCGACCAGAGCUUUCUUCUCUUUGCUCUGGUCUUCUUAAAGUAUUUCUCUGCGGAGAACAUUAUCUCAGAGCUCUUGAGUAAUAUGUUUAACAUCGUAAUACUGUGCUACAGCGAGACAUUUGUCCUGGUGGUAUGGACAUUGCACUGUACUACAUUCUGAGGACUCUCCGCUCAGGAUGGGACCACGCAGGCUGCAGUGAUUUCUCUAAUUCCUCCAAACAUGUAUCUGUAUCUGCCUGCGCACAUGGCUGGACUGACAGAUCCUAACAGGACGAUUCUGGCAAAACGUCCCCACAGAUGGAGCCGUCUGUCUCUGUCUGGCGAGACUUGAAUGUAUUCAUGUACCACCCAGUCUCAACCAUGUGGUCCCAUCCUGCCAGACACAUCGGCUCUCUGCUCUGCUGCAGGAACCUCGAAAACCCCCACAUGUACGAGUUCAAAUCUAAAUACUGUACUUGCUGUCUCUUUUUUUGUUUUUGCCUGUAUGCUGUACAGACUGAUGAUGCAAAAAUCAAUCCUCAUAUUAUAAUUUUUUCCUCUUAAUCAUUCAGUAUUGUAAUAUAUUUAAUAUAAAAUAAAACUUUCAUCAACA